UUAUCUGUGUUUGCAUCUCCAUUUUGUCCUCACAGAUGCCCUAGUUCCUCCAUCAAUAGCCUAAUCUUCUCCUAUCCCAAGUUACCUUACUUUUCUGCAGCACAGUAUAGCAGAGACAACACUACUAAGCAACAAUGUCGAUGUCGAAGAGUUCAAAGAUGCUCCAAUACAUCAACUACAGGAUGCGCGUGACGAUCCAAGAUGGCCGUCAGCUGAUCGGUAAGUUCAUGGCUUUUGAUCGACACAUGAAUCUCGUCCUCGGCGAUUGUGAGGAGUUCCGAAAGCUCCCACCUGUUAAAGGCAAGAAGGACGAAGAACGUGAGGGAAGGCGAACCCUAGGGCUUGUUCUUCUCCGAGGAGAAGAGGUUGUGUCCAUGACCGUAGAAGGUCCUCCUCCUCCCGAAGAAUCGAGAGCUAAGGCAGUUGGAGCUGCUGCCAUGGCCGGCCCUGGCCUUGGCCGUGCGGCGGGCCGUGGAAUUCCAACGGCGCCACUUGUGCAGGCUCAACCUGGGCUUGCUGGUCCUGUUCGUGGUGUUGGUGGGCCGGCUCCGAACAUGAUGCAGCCUCAGAUUUCGCGGCCUCCACUGCCGCAACUGUCUGCACCCCCGGUUUCGUAUCCGCAGGGUCCGAUGCUUCGUCCGCCAGGGCAGGUUCCUGGGUUCCCUGGUCAGCCUCCACAGCAGAUGGGCAGAGGACCGCCACCGCCUGGACCGUCUCAGUUCCCUCCAAGGCCCGGUUCAGCACCACCAUUCCCAAUGCCACCACCUCAGUUUGGGCAGCGGCCGAUGAUGCCUCCACCUCAAAUGAUGAGGGGACCGCCUCCACCACCUCGGCCGGGAAUGCCAGCUCCACCGCCUCGUCCAGGAAUGCCGCCUCCACCUGGUGGUGCAAUUCCAGUUUACGGCCCACCCCGUCCUGGUAUGCCUCCACCGCCCAACCUCCAGCAACAACAGCAGAAUCAGCAGCAGCAGCAAUGAUCAGGUCUUUCCAGUUUAGUGGAGCUAAGGUCUUUUGCAGUUCCUUUAUGUUGCUUGUUGGGAAGUUUCUACUGGAAGAUGCCAAUUUCUGUGUUGAAGGCUCAGAAAAAUCAAUGUGAAGAUAACUCGUUUUUCAGGUUUUGGAUGUUAAUUAGAGUUUUCUGAGGGAUGUUUUCAUUAGUCAUUACCAUCAGGAUUCAUGAUGUAUGUAUUUUGCAGAGAUUGUUUAGACAAAUUUUAGA